UUUCUACUCCAAUCAAUUUAUAUACAAACAUUUCUUUGCAAAAUGUCCUCCUCCUCCUCUUCUUCAAAAUUAACUACUAUAAAUACUUCAAUCAACGAAUUUCAAUCUCCUACAAAUUCUUUUCGAGAUAACGAGCUAAAAUGGAAUGGAUGGGGAUAUAUUCACUCAAACUUUGAGCUUUCGCCAGAGAAUGGGCAUUUUUAUAUGAGAAGCAAAAAGUAUUUUUUUGGAGAACUUGAGAUACCAUAUGCCGAUUUGGACGGAAAACCACUCCCUGGACUUAGGCCUUGGGUAGAGAAAAAUCUUGGAAUUGAUGUAGGACUUAGAACGCCGAGUAUAUCUAUUCAAUCACUUCAAAUUCCAUCUCCACUAAUUUCAAAUCCGCAAUUUUUGGAAUUUCUUCGACUUGAGGAUAUUUAUUAUUCGGAUGCGCCAUUGACUAGACUUGCACGUUCACAUGGACAAACAUUGGCAGAAAUAAUUUCUAUUAGAACAGGAAAAAUUGGACGAAUUCCUGAUUUGGUUAUUUGGCCAAGAAAUGAGAAACAAAUUUUAAAAAUAAUUGAAGGAGCUAAACAAUUUGAAGCUUUAUUAAUUCCAAUAGGAGGCGGAACUUGUGUUUCACAAGCAUUAUUAUGCCCAGAAAAUUCUCAAAAAUUGAUCUGUUCAAUAGAUAUGGGAAUGAUGUCUUCAAUAUUAAAUUUGGACGUAAAAAAUAUGACAGCAAAAGUACAAGCAGGAAUUCUUGGACAGGAUUUAGAGAAACAAUUGAAUGAUAGAGGAUUUACGUGUGGACAUGAGCCCGAUUCACUUGAAUUUAGUACAUUGGGCGGGUGGAUUUCUACUCGCGCCUCAGGAAUGAAAAAGAAUAAAUACGGCAAUAUUGAGGAUUUAAUACUUUCUGUGCGUAUUUGCACCAGUCGCGGUAUUUUACAACCUAGAAGGCUAGGACAAGUACCACGACUAUCUUCGGGGCCCGAUUUAUUACAAAUACUGCUUGGGUCUGAAGGACAAAUGGGGGUGAUAAGUGAGGCUACGAUAAAAAUAUUUCCGAUGCCAGAACAGCGCUGCUUUGGUGCUAUAAUAUUUCCUGAUUUUGAGAGCGGUGUAAAAUUUUUUAGAGCUGUUGCACUUAAAAGGUGGCAGCCUGCCUCCCUUAGACUAGUUGACAACGCACAAUUUCAAAUGGGACAAGCUAUGCGCGUACAGGAAGGGUAUAUUACUAGUGCGAUAUGGCAAUCAUUGGCUAGAGUUUAUAUAACGAGAUGGAAAGGGUUUAAACCUGACCAAAUGGUAGCCACAACAUGCGUCUUUGAAGGUACCGCAGAAGAAGUCCAAACAGAAAGGCAGCGUCUUUUCACACUCGCUACUACAUUUGGAGGUAUUCGAGCACCAGAUGAGAAUGGGCAGUUCGGCUAUCGGCUAACAUUUGCAAUAGCCUAUCUUCGAGAUUUGGCUUUAGAUCUGAAUGUUAUUGGAGAGUCUUUUGAAACAUCCGUCCCCUGGUCUAAGGUAUUAAAUUUGUGUAAAAACGUAAAGACGUUGCUAGUACAUGAAGCACGUAAAAGAGGAAUUGAACAACAUAUUCUUGCUACUUGCAGGGUAACCCAAGUAUAUGACUCCGGUGUUUGCGUUUAUUUUUAUUACGCGUUUAAUUAUCGUGGAAUGGAUGUACUUAAAGCAUUGGAGAUAUAUGAACACAUUGAGUCCGCAGCCCGAGACGAAAUUCUAGCAUGUGGAGGAAGCAUUUCCCACCACCACGGAAUUGGAAAAAUUCGAAAACGUUGGUUACCUACAACUAUUGGGCCUUUGGGUGUUUCAUUGAUGGAAUCUUUGCGUUCCCAACUUGAUCCAGAAAAUUUAUUUAAUAGUGGAAAUCUUAUUGAAAAUUCCUCCUCUCAAACUCUUCAAAUAUUAAAAAAUAAAAUUGAAGAGAAGGAAAAAAGUAAAUUGUAA